CUGACUGCUGAGUGUGCUCUAUAUUUUUGUUGUGUGUACAACUUGACACAAUCGUGUGACUGCCAGUGGGCCUCGUCCUCUGCGAUUUUUGUUGUAUUUUUAGUGAUCGUAUUAUUAAAAGUGCAAUUUGUAAAAUUUCGCUUUUUACCAUAGCAAUAUUAGAGAAAAAGGGAUAGUUAAAUGUUUAUCUGUAUGAUUUAACACAUUACGUAAAUCUAACCUAUUAUUGGUAAGUUGUUUUUGAUCAUUUUCCAUGAUGUUUACUUAUAUUUUUUAUUGACUUACUUAUGAAAUGCAGUACAAAAAAAAAAAAAUAAAAAAAAGCCAUGGCAGCCGAUACAACUGCGGUCAGCAAAUUUUUAGUCCCUGUAAGGUUGACGCACCAAGAUCCAAUAUUUUCAAAAAGUGAAAUGAAAGCAGCAAAUCAGAUAGACGUGUGGCACAAAUUUAUUUUAUUUAAUAUUGAUAAGGCAGACAAAAACAUGGUACUUGAUGCUUUGAUUGAAGCUUGUGUGCCAUUAAUUUUUUUUCCUGUCAUGUACCAAAUGGAAGCCAAAGACAAAGCUACCUUUUUGACCAUGUGUAAGUCUAACACCAUUCAAAAGCUUGUAAAUAACAAAAUGCAAGUAAGACUAAAAAGUGGAAAAACUAUUCAGUACGACAUUGUACUGUCUUUUCUUUCGUACAAAGAUAUGCCAAUGAAUGCUCAACAAAUCAUUUCUAGUGCUAUUAGAAUACGCUACAAUAAAGAAAUGAAUUUAAGAAAGAUAUUGAAUCUUACGAAUUUUAUCAAUGACAAGAUGUUGAGCUCUGUGUACUGCCCGAUUCAUAUACCAGCGAUAUUUGAUAGUAUCUUACGUUUUUCGAAGGCUGCUUUGGCACCUUCUUCCAUGAGAGAUACUAAGCUCAAUGUAAGAGAUUUUAUUUUGCGAGCCAACAAUAUGGAAAAUUUAUGUUUCAGCGAGAAAGUUUUCAACUUUCAUUUCACCAAGUUGGAUGUCCGUGACAAUAAGUUGAACGAUAUAAAUUUAUUAAAGCCAUUCAGUGAAUAUAAAAUAACAGAACUGUGGCUCGAUGGGAACCCUUUUUGCACAAGUUAUGAAACAGCCAAGGAUUAUGUGAAUGCAGCAAAGACCAUCUUUCCACACUUGCAAAUCUUAGAUGGACAUGUGAUUGGAAAUGAAGAUAAAAUGAUACCAGUAUAUCAUAGGCACUUUAUCGCUGACAAGUUUAAACUGAAUUUGAUCAAACAAUUCUUGGAACACUUUUUUACUUGCUACGAUCAAGAUGACAGAAUAAUUUUGAAUGGGCUCUAUGAUACUGGAGCAAUAUUUUCAAUGACGGUCGGCCAGAUCAUGGACAAUUCACACAAAAAUAUCAUCAAAUCUUUUGCAAUGAACAGAAAUUUACUAAAAUUCGUGGACUACGCAAAAUGCAAUGAAUUUUUGUUAUAUGGACCAGAGAAUAUUAUAUCCGCUUUAAGACGUGAACCUCCCACCCUUCACAAACUAAAAUACAUAGAUAUUGAUUUACUCUUUAGUACAAAUAACUCUUUUGCCAUAUCGGUACAAGGUCCAUUCCUCUACAGGAAACACAGUGCAACACCUAUGUGGUUUGAAAGAACAUUAAUUGUCGUAGCUAAAGAAGACAAUGAAUUUUGCAUUAUCAAUGAUCAAUAUCAUAUAGACAAUUGUCCAGAAAAUUUAAACUAUCCAGAUUUGGCAGAGUUAAAAUUUAUAACUGAUAAACCAGUACCUGUAUUUCAUCCCACGAUGUUUAGCGCCGCUGAAAAAAAACAACUAUUACAAUUGGUACAAGAUUUAACAUGUAUGAACGUCGAGCAUGCGAGUAAACUUUUGUGUGAAGCCAAUUGGGAUAUUCGUCAGGCAAUUAAGACUUUUAUGUCCAACUAUGUUAAUAAUAAAAUUUCUACCGAAGCUUUUAAAUGAUAAUUUUUUUGCGAUUAGUCUAGUAAUUGUACAUAAUUACAUGUAAGUUUUCCAAUUUUUUUUACUUACAAUAAAAUUAAACAU